CUCGGCCAAUCAGAGUGAGCGACAAUCGAACGUUGCGGUAAUCCGGUUCAGACGUGACGAGAGCGGCCGACGGAAGCUCAAGUCCGGGCUCGGUUUCUGGCCACAACAACUCCACUUUUUUACCGCUGCACCCUCCAGCUGAGCGUGUUGGUGGCUCUCUGUUUCAGUAAACAGAUAUGCGUUGCAAAUAUGCAUCUUUAGAUAAGACUCCAAGAGUUUCCUUGUGAGGUUACCCUGUUUUUCUGUACGUAGGGAUGGUGUUACACCGGGCUCCAUGAGCAGAAACUAGCCUAACGAGGCUGCAUUACAGGCCGGGGGACGAGCAAUUCGGUUGAGCCCGGAGGACGGAGGAAAUUCAAAUGCUCACAGGCUUCCAUUAACAACCCGGUUGCUUUUUCAGUUUGUCUUAUUUUUUCUGCUUAGAGAGGCCCAGCCAGCUUUCACGGUGGAAACAAGAAGGAGAGCAAAGAUGAACGCUGUGCGGGGGGGCACAGUCACCUGGCGUCCCCAGCCGUGGCAGGACGGGGACGGGGGAGGAGGGGAGCCUCUCUCAGACAGCGACUCAGAGGAGGAGGACUUCCCAGAUGACACCACCACCCCACUGGGGGACUACAUUACCCAUGGGUUAAAGCAGCUCCUGGAUGCUCAGCAGCUGUGUGAUGUUACAUUGCUUGUUGAAGGAAAAAAGUUCAUGUGUCACAGAGUCCUGUUAGCAGCUGUGAGUCCAUACUUCCGGGCAAUGUUCACCAGCCCUCUGGUGGAGUCCCGCCUCAACGAGAUCCGUCUGGAGGAAGUGACGCCGUCUGUCAUGGAGACUGUCAUCCAGUUUGUUUACACGGGUGAGGCGGGUCUCUCUCUGGAGACGGCCGAGGACUUGUUUGUGGCUGCCAAUCGGCUUCAAGUCAUGCCCCUCCAGGACCUGUGCUCCAGGUUUCUGUUCGAGCACCUCUCAGUGGAGAACUGCCUCGGCAUGUACUCGCUGGCUCGCUCGCAUCACGACCAGCUGCUGCUGCGCGCCUCCCUGCGACUGGUUGCGCAGCACUUCCCCCGGGUAUCACGGCAGAAGGACUUCCUGCUGCUCGACCACGGCACCCUGGGCAGCCUGCUGAGCUCUGACCGCCUCGGAGUGGACUCCGAGGCCGAAGUUUACGACGCGGCUCGCCGCUGGGCGGAGCACCAGCCUUUGGAUCGCUACGCCCACAUGCCGGCUCUGCUGCACCACCUGCGCCCCGGACUGCUGUCCCAGGAGGAGAGCCGACGGCUGAGCCAGGAGCUGGGGCCCGCUGCUGCUGGAGAGGGCCUGGGGGGCCCUCUGAGACCAAGGGAAGGCAUGUUUGAGAAAAAGAUCGUCUGUGUGGAUCUGACACCUCGGGAAGAUGAGAACGUGGCUCUGAAGGAGUACACUGUGGACUGCUUUGACCCUCGGACAGGGAAGUGGGAGAAGUUAGCGGCUCUGUGCUCUCUGGUGAGCCCAGGGUGCACGGCGGUGGGGGACAGGCUGUUUGUAGCCGGGGGGAUCCUCCGGACCGGCUCUGUCUCUGCCGCCGUGCACGAGUACGACGCCGUGUUGGACAGAUGGAUAGAAAGGCCUGCGAUGGGCCAACCCCGCGCCAUGCUGGGCCUGCUGGGCUGCGGUGAGUCGCUCUACGCCUUGGGCGGCUGUAACCGCUCCGCCCUGCUGGACUCCAGUGAAGCGCUGGAUCUGACUUCGCUGCAGUGGGGUCCUGGACCGCGACUCCCGCUUCCUCUGCGAGCGUUCGCCUGCGCGGCUCUGCGUGGACGCCUCUACCUCCUAGGCGGGACCACGCUUGAACAGAACAGGGCGGUGGUGCACUCAGGUGUGCUCAUUUAUCACACCUUGACUGACUGCUGGACACGGGUAGCGCUGGACUCCGGCACCACAUGCCUCGCUGGAGGUGUGGCGGUGAGAGGAGGGGUCUGCGCUAUCGGAGGAUACAUGAGGGAUACCACCAAGUUCCUGGAUGGGAAUUACACCAACCUGGAGACUUUAGAUGCAACUGGUCGCGUCCUGUUCUUCAGAGAGGGGAGGGGGACGGGGGUGGAAAGGGAGGUGACAGGGGGAGGGGUGAUGGUCAGCGCAGAGCAACGGGGGGUCGCCUGCGGUGGAAGCGACCGGGCUCCGAGUCCUGUCGUCUUCCCCGGUUUGCCACGGCGGAUUGCCGCAGGGGGCGUCGCUCGGUGGAAGAGGAGGAUUUAUGUGCUGGGGGGAGAAAACGGCUCGCGUUUCUACGACAGCGUGUACUGCUGGAAGCCUGGUUGGCGCAGCUGGGUGCAGAGGCGGGAAAAACUUCCCGGAGAGACUGGAGGGGUCAGCCAGUUUGGGUGUACCACUCUUAAAUUCCCCAAAAAGCACAUCUUGUCCAGACUGAGACUAGCCAAAGAAAACUGCAAGAAGCCCAACGACUAACUCGACAGAAAACCCCGGCAGAGGCAGCCUUUGUUUGGCUGCUUAAUGAUUUCAUGCAAUGUUGUUGUUUUAAUUAAUUUAAAGCAGAAUAUCUACUUUUCUACACGUGUGCAGCCACCAUGCAGGCCUAUAACAGAUUAGAUCCUAUAAAAGGGAUUAUCUCUGAUAGUCAAAGAGGAGAGUUGGGUACCUGAAUGUUUCCUAGUUCACCAUUUAUUAAAGGAAUAAAUUCCUUUCAAAGAAGAAAAUGUGACAUUUUUGGCUUUUUGCUCUUCUUAUAUUUUUGAAGCUAUUUAAAAAUCACUAAUGCUGUGAAUUUUCUUUUUCUCAUUGCGUUGUUUAGAAACUGAAAUGUUUUAUGAUGUGUUAAAACUGAUCUUAUGUCCUAUCUGGGCCUGUGAUGUGCGGUGACACUGCAGUUAAGGGCUACACAAAUAAACUUCAUAGGAAAAUAUGACA